CGACAGUGUAUGUCUAAUUACUGCAUCUGUAACACCGUAUCAGUUUAUUCGGCACGACCGUGUGCUGUAUCUCAAUGGCUGUUAUCUCGUAUGUAUGUCUCGUCCGCCAUCACGUAGACAACGGCAGUCAGCAUGCAGCUACUUCAGAUUCUGGCCUUUGCGUGUGUAGUGUUGUAUGGUGCUCAGGUCCAAGGGCUAGAAUUCCCGACUCCCAUGUGUUCAACAGAUCCCAAAUCAACUGUCAGCCCAGGAGAUCCCAGACUUCCUAUUCUGCCCUCGGAGUUCGAAGUCCACGUGGAAGGUACAAUCAUUGACCAGUCGAUGACGGUGACGGCCGACGAGUAUGUAUCGGUGAUCAUUGGAGCAUCGUCCCUGCAGGUGACGCAGGGUGGGAAUAGCGAAACUGUUAUUCUCAACACCAACACAAACGAAAGUUAUCACAUUUUUGAUUCAGAGUGUACCGUGUAUAACAGGUCGACCGACGUUGUGGACGUGUUGAACGGGGGUUCGUCAGGCAUGUCGUCAAUGCCACAUACAUACUCCACAGCGUCUGUGCUCAAGUUCGCCCAGAAGUAUGGCGAGGUAUAUAAAGGCCAGAAAACCGUUCGGGGCAUUUCGUGUGAUCACUGGCAGUCGUGCAUGUACUGGGGGUUUCUCGGCGUCAACUUCACUCUCGACUACUACUUCUCUGUUUCCAACUGGACAACAGCAGACGGUUCUCCUCGAAUCCCGGUCAGGGCUGAAAUCAUCGGCUACCAGAAUUUGCUGGGCCCCGGACCCGAUUCGAGCUUUCAUCAUAUAUAUGACUAUACUGGCUUCAAGAGCUAUCUCACUGACAUAACAGUUUUUCAGACGCCAGUAGGUGUGGCCUGUGAAGGCCGCCGUCAGACACGCCGCAUGCCGCAGCUGAGGCAAAGGUACCGGUACAGACAGGAGGUGACACAUCUCAGCGAACAGAUGGUUUACCAAGAAGACGUGUGGUAUGACUACAACCUCCAACUCGUCCGCUGGGACCACCGCCCCACACACAAAGACAACCACUACAACACCCUGGACGCUAUCACCGAGAUUCACGACUUCAACACAGGUGUGGCUUAUGUUAUUUACAAAGACUUCCCUCGCUGCAACAUCUUUCCCAUACAGAACAAUACCUGGGAUGCAACUAGAAAUGCGUCAACGUCAUCACUGAGACUGAAGCAGCCAGAGGAAAUGUUCAGCCUGGAUUCAUCGUAUGCUUAUUCAGGACAGCGAACAGUCCGUGGAAUGGCCUGUGAUGUGUACUCAGCGGUUCGGGCGGACUAUGAGAGUCUCCGUGGUCUUAAUGUCACAUUUGAGAUCUAUUUCAUUAGCCAUGACUGGCAUAGUGCUAACGACAUCGGCACCGAACCCGACAGCACGGACACGCCUGUCAGACAACACAUAACAGAACCAACAACUGGUUAUGAAGUCAUCUACGACUAUUACGACUUCGACCAAACACAUCCAAAUGUCAUCAACGCCUUCGACAUCACGUCAUGCUACAGAGACAACCAAGAUAUAAACUUUCAGAUAACGUUCCCAGGUAAUACAAGUUCUAUUUUGCCCGCCCAAGAAAACGUCGUGCAUGACGUGGCAAGGAUGGACAUUGCCGGUGCAGCCCGAGUGACCCCUCUACGUAUUCAGGAUCUGGAAGUUCACUGGGAUGAGAACAAUACGUACAUCAUUGGGACAUUGCUGUAUCAGGCCCCUCUCACCGGUGGCGCUGACCACGAGGUGAGCAUUGGUCAGGCUUACACGGCUCUGGAUACUGCGGUGACAAGCGGUCAACUGGUUCUUGGUGUUCCCCAAGGAAAUACGAGCACUGUUCUUAACGCAACGAGCAUCACAACAGACAUCUGGAGGCAACAGACAUCAGCAGUGCAGUAUUCAUCCAAAUUAUCAGUCUUGCAUCAUUUCACGUUUUCUGCAAAUCGUGCAUUUCCCAGAGGGGAUGGUAAUAUGGUCCUAACCGGACUGUCACUAGAAGACUGCGCUGGUCAGUGUCUAGCUGCCUUGGUCUUCUCGUGCCGGACAUUUCAGUACCAACCAAGUAGUGGCAAGUGUUCCCUCACCUCUGACCUCCCUGACACAAGUCAUACAGCAAGCCACGUGGAGGCGUCGCAUGUCUACACACGCGAUUAUACACUGGGGUUUGGAGUGCUCUAUUCCACGUACAUCGGGAGCAAGUCCUUCUCAGAGACACACCCCAGCAUUCCCACGGUCAACUCGUGUGCACAGCUUUGUAUAGAUGCGUCGACGUCAAAACCAUGUACAUCUUUUAAUUACGCCCAGAAAUACGGCACGUGUGUCCUUGAGUCACAUGACCUGAACGACGUGUCCCCCUCUGAUGGUGUUUCAAGCACUAUCUGGAACCACUACUCACGUGACUACAGCUCAGACUUCAAGGAAAGCAAGGGGUAUACCAUAUCGCAAAAAGCUAAACUGACUAUUCAGCAAAGUUCGGUAACUGACUGCGCAAUGUUGUGCGUAGCAGAAACGGAUUUCUCGUGUGACAGCUUCAUAUUUUGCACGGAUCUCACGUGCAGACUCCAAACAGAGUCUCUUUUUGACGUGGAUCACGUGUCAGCUAUCCCGUUUGAUGGGUGCAGUAUUUACAACCGUAUGCAUUACCCGAAUGGGCGUCUCUACCUUCCACAUGAUCUCACGGCGAACACCUGUCUUCAGACUACCAGCCCCAGUACAACUCAAGCAAUAACAGAUGGGCCAGCGAAUGUAACUGCACACACAGAAGCUCCCUCAUCAUCAGCGACACCGACAACCACGACUGGAUCGACAACAGCUACAUCCACAUCAACUACUAUCAAGGUGCAGAAACCUACUCCUUGUGCUUGUGUCUGCAACAGCCCCACAACGUCAGCUGCAUCCACAUCAGCUACUGUCAAGGCGGAGAAAACUACUCCAUGUGCUUGUGAAGGCAAAAGCUCUACGUUGUUAGCUGCAUCACCCUCCUCCACAAGAACGUUUACAGGAGGACACAAAACAUCACCGUCGUCGUCGGCGACGCAGUGUGGGGAAACGUCACCGUCAAAAUCUUCGCCAGCAACAGGUACACUUGUUGGAGUAGCAAUCGCAAUGUUGGUUCUGGGCGGCAUCCUCGGUGGCGUCAUAGUUUUCUUCAUUCAACGACGUCGCGGGGGUGAUAUAAAGUACGACAAAUAUAUAACCAACCCAGCGUACACUCAUUAAACUGCGUUAGAGUAACA